CCGCUUCCGCCUUCCGCGCGGCCGCUGGAGGCAGACAGUGCAAAAUGCCUAAAAAGAAGACUGGUGCUCGAAAGAAGGCUGAGAAUCGUCGUGAACGUGAGAAGCAGAUAAGGGCUUCAAGAGCAAACAUAGAUUUAGCCAAACAUCCUUGUAAUGCCACAAUGGAAUGUGAUAAGUGCCAAAGGCGGCAGAAGAAUAGAGCUUUCUGCUACUUUUGCAACUCAGUUCAGAAAUUACCCAUUUGUGCACAGUGUGGAAAAACCAAAUGCAUGAUGAAGUCUUCUGACUGUGUCAUAAAACAUGCUGGCGUGUACAGUACUGGACUAGCAAUGGUGGGUGCCAUUUGUGAUUUCUGUGAAGCCUGGGUGUGCCAUGGGAGGAAGUGUCUCAGCACACAUGCGUGUAUCUGCCCCCUUACAGAUGCAGAGUGCAUUGAGUGUGAAAGAAGUGUCUGGGAUCAUGGAGGCAGAAUAUUUGCCUGUUCUUUUUGCCACAAUUUCCUCUGUGAAGAUGAUCAGUUUGAACAUCAAGCCAGCUGCCAAGUUUUGGAAGCAGAGACAUUUAAAUGUGUUUCCUGUAACAGGCUGGGGCAGCAUUCAUGCCUGCGUUGUAAGGCUUGCUUUUGUGAUGAUCACGUGCGAAGUAAGGUUUUUAAGCAGGAAAAGGGAAAAGAGCCUCCCUGCCCUAAAUGUGGACAUGAAACUCAGCAGACAAAGGAUCUSAGCAUGUCAACGCGCUCGCUCAAGUUUGGCCGCCAGACCGGCAGCGAAGAGGCAGAUGGAGCCUCUGGUUAYGAUGCCUACUGGAAGAGCCUCUCCACCAGCAAGGCUGGAGAGGCAGGAGACCGUGAGGAUGAAUACGAGGAGUAUGAAGCAGAGGACGAUGACGAUGACAACGAUGAAGGAGGGAAAGAUUCUGAUACAGAGACAACAGAUGUAUUCAGCAGUUUAAGUUUAGGAAGGACCUAUGCUAGUGGGUAUGCACAUUAUGAGGAACCUGAAGAUUAAGCUUAAUCUUCUGGGAAGCUAAAACAUUUGGAAGGAGCUGAGUAUAUGCGUCAUUUAUGACUUGUGUAUGUGCCAGUAGAUUAGCUCUAUUGGGUACCUGCAAAUCAAGUUUGAGAAUAGAGAGUUUGGGACUCGUGUAGUAAUUCCAGGUGAGAUGUACUGGGUACGAACAGAGUUGGAGGGUUAAAACCCAGAAAUGGCUUUGUUCCCCUAAGCAACUCAAGUUUUGUUGUCCCCGAGUUACUGAGUAUAAUAGGUCAAACCUUCUUACCCUCCCCUUUCAGAUCCCUCCCACAGUAAUAUAGGAGGGCAGGACAAUUUGUUUCAUUUGCUCAUCAGAAAUUAAGUUAUUUUUAUGGUAAUUUUGUUAACUGAACUUCUAAAACUAAUGUAGUGGUGGGUUGCUGACUUUAUUUUUGUUGGUCUUCACAAUAAAUAUCA